AUGAAAGACCCGCGCUCCGCAAAGCGCCGUCGAGUCUCCGAUGCUGCCGCCGUAGACGAAGACGGGGAUAUCGAGAUGCACGACGACGGCACGACGCCGCAGAAGGAAGUUGAUGAUAACAACCGCGCCACGACGCCAACACCUUCAAGGACGGGACUGCGAUCAAGUGGAAGACAACGAAAGGCGCCGCAGCGGUACGAAGACGAACCCGUGCAAACACAGUCAGCGCGGAAGCGGCGGGCCGGGAAUACGUCUACGCCGGCGCGCGCUACGCCUCGGUCUACGCGCGGGAAGUCGCAUGUUUCGGAGACGGGGAGUGAGAAGGGGGUAGAAGAGGGAGAAGAAUCCAAAGAUGAUGAAGAAGAGGAGGAGGAGCCGUCAGAGGCAGAGCCGGAGCCUGACUCGGAUUCAGAUCCAGAGGUUGGACCCGGGUCGCCGAAGCCAAGGGCCAGGAGGGCGGCGGCUACCAGGGCAAGGCCGAAGAGGGCUUCUGUGCGGUUUACGGAUACGGAUGGUGGUGCUUCUAAGGCUGUGAAUGGAGAUGGGGAGGGACAGUCGCCGGCUGCUGCUGAUGAUUUCCAGGAUGGGCUGGAUGAUCUUGUUAGUAUGCAGCUUCAGCAGGAUCUUGUCCAGGACUACACAAAUGGAGGUGCGCACAGGAUUGAAGAAGGUGAGGCAAUAGUGGCGGAGGAGCCGCUGCCUCCCUAUGCGGAGCAGUUUCAACAGCUUGUUCAGGGCGGCUAUGCGAAAGAAGUGCGACUCUUGACGAAGACGGUCAUCUCGAAGCUCAAUGGGAAGAGACUGGUUCCGCUCAAGGGAUUGGAGAACGAGUAUCACAAGGUUCAUCAAUUACUCGAGCAGACUAUUACUGUUGGAGAGGGCAAUUCAUUGCUUCUUCUUGGGUCGCGAGGCUCAGGCAAAACGGCUAUCAUCGAGACCAUAGUCUGUUCUCUCGCGAAAGAGCACAAGAACGACUUUCAUGUUGUCCGGCUCAAUGGCUUUCUACAUACAGAUGACCGAUUGGCCUUGCGAGAGAUAUGGCGGCAGCUUGGCCGUGAGACUGAUACUGCAGAGGAGGCCGGCAAGGUCACCAGCUACGCAGACACGAUGGCAACCCUCCUUGCGCUUCUAUCACACCCCGAGGAGCUUCGGGGCUCCGCAGAUGAUCAAGAUGGCACGACGACGAGGACAGCCAAGUCAAUCGUCAUCGUUCUCGAUGAAUUUGACCUAUUUGUCACGCACCCGCGCCAAACGCUCCUCUACAACCUGUUCGACAUCGCGCAGGCGCGCAAGGCCCCACUGGCGGUGCUAGGAGUGACCACCAAGGUAGACGUGACGGAGGCGCUGGAAAAGCGAGUCAAGAGUCGUUUCAGCCACCGAUCGGUCUAUGUCCCCCUCCCGAGAACAUUUGAGGUAUUUUCCGACGCUUGUCUCGCCGGGCUGGACCUAGCAGACGAUGAAACCCCGGAGUUCUUGGAAGGAUUCGACUCCGACGAGCUGUCGAUCGCCAAGUCCGAGGCCUGGAGAACGGCAUUGGAACGGUGGAGAGUGUAUCUGCAGGGACUAUGGGCCGACCCGGCAUUUCAAACCCACUUGCGCAGGAUCUACCACCAGACGAAAUCGAUCAAGGAAUUCUUCACGAGCGCACUCAUCGGCAUCACAGAUCUCCAUCACAGCACCAUCGCCAACACCACAUCUCCAUUCCCAACCACUGCCGUCGCAGUCCCCACCCCGGCCACAUUCUCAGACAAUCUCCUCUCCUGCCCUGACCCCCCACCCCUCCCCUUCUCAGCAUCAAUAAGCAAUUCCUCAAGCCCCUCUUCCCUCCCACUCUCCCUCCUCCUCGCUGCAACCCGCCUAGCAGCCCUCUACGACCCAAGCCUCGAAUCCGCCGCCCAGACACAGCAGCAGGCGGACCUCGCCCCGCUAGCGCUCUCCUUCCCGGCCGCCUACGCCGAGUAUGUGCGGCUCCUGACGUCCGCCAAAACCUCGGCGUCGGUCUCCGGCGCCUCUGUGACACCGGGGCGUGUCUGGGGGCGGGACGUCGCGCGCGAGGCCUGGGAGCGGCUCGUGAGCUGGGGGCUUAUUAGUCCUGUCGGUGGCGGGAGUGGGACGGCGGAUGGGCGCAUGUUCCGUGUUGAGAUCAGUCUCGAAGAAGUGGUGGGGAUGGCUGGGUCUGGGGGUUCGUUGGGGAGGUGGUGGCGUGAUGCAUGA